AACUCACUUGUUCCAAUGCACAUGAUUGAUGUUCACUUGUAUAGCGGCAUUUUAUAUUUCAUACAUCGCUUUCUGCAGAACGUAUACCGCCUUGAGCACAUAGUAUGAACGCAGCGUACUUCAAGGUAAACUUUAUCUGACCUAGCGGAUAGACAAGGAUUCAAGACACCAGUCAGAACAAGUUUUGUUCGACAAGGAGUUUUGCGUGACUAAAAUAGUAUAUGAAAUUUAAUUUUUUAAAGGAUUUGGGAUAACGGCUUACGAUGCGUGCUGGAUAAACAAUGUCGUCUUUCGUAGGAAUCGGAUGUAUGUCGGGCUCGUCACUUGACGGCCUAGACGUGUGCUGCGUUGAAUUUACGGGUGACAUUUGUUCGGAUCUCUGGGGAUACAGAAUUCUCAAUGCGGAAACCAUCUCAUACGACGAACAGUGGACGGAGCGCUUACGUAACGCCGCGAUGCUGUCGGCCGCGCAUUUCGUCAAAGUAAACGUCGAUUACGGGCUUUUCGUCGGCCACAGCGUGGCGCGAUUUAUCACCAAACACAGGCUUGAUCAUAAGGUCCAAUUUGUCGCCUCCCAUGGACAUAGUUUGUUUCACAAUCCACACGAUGGCGUCGCCUUUCAACUGGGUGACGGCGAAGUGACGGCGACGGUACUAAAAGUCCCGUUCGUAACCAGCUUCCGGUCUAAGGACGUCUGUCUUGGUGGCCAGGGAGCGCCGCUAGUCCCAUGUGGAGAAAAAUUCCUUUUUAGAAACAGCGAUAUUUGUGUCAAUUUGGGUGGGAUCGCAAAUAUCGGGGUGAGAGGCCUGGUGGGGUAUGACAUCUGUGCGUGUAACAUUAUGCUUAACUAUUUGGCGUCAAAAGCAAACGCUGGUAUGGCGUUCGAUAAAGACGGGGAGCUGGCUAGAAAUGGCAACGUAAUCCCGGAAGUGCUUUUGAAGCUAAAAACCAUCGCCUACUACCAGGAUGCAGCGCCGAAAUCACUCUGGAGAGAUUAUAUAGAAUCGAACAUUAUGCCUAUACUAGAUACUGACAAGUACAUUGUCGUUGAUCUCCUGCGCACGUGCACGGAGCACGUAGCUUCCAUGGUAGCGAAAGCGUGCCUGGAGGCGAAAAACUCCCUAGCAACCGCGUUGCCUGGCAACGCACCAACGGUGCUUAUAACGGGAGGGGGCGCUUUAAACAAGUUCCUUAUGGAGAACAUACGACAACUUAUUGAAGUGCAAGGACUUGUUGUUCAGGAAGUAGACGAGGAAACCAUUAAUUUCAAGGAAGCCCUGAUUUUUGCUUUCCUUGGCAUGCGCUGUUUGCUGGGCGUCGAGAAUGUCUUUCGGGAAACAACCGGUGCUCGGAAAGAUUCGGUUUCCGGAAGUAUCCACAGACCAGCAACGUGUCCGGCGUUGAAAAACAAAAGUCUGUUGCACUGAAUGGCAUUGAAAAUACGCAGAUCGUCGAGCAAUUGCACGUGUGUGACGAGAAUUUUAGACUUUCAGCUUUAAAAAGAAGAACGGUCAGAAUACGAAACAAACGUUCCAUCAGUGGUGUAGCUAUAUAUUUGUGUGGCCAUUGUAUGUCCGGUGUCAUAACCACAGGUGGUUAGCGUGUUGCAAUGAUAUUAAUUAGUGAAAACAUCAUUUUGAAUGAUAAAUAAUCAUACUAUAACAAAAAAUUAACGUUUCUGAAAAAAAAAUUCACUAUCAAAUAUAUAUAUAACAAGGUAUGCAACUCAAAAUCACCCCAAAACGGGGUGUAUCGCUUUGAACAGCCAUAUCUUCAUCAAUUGUGCAGCGAUUUUCACGAUCUCGGUCUUAUUCAACGCAGAAAUGAAUUUCCUUUCUGAAUAUGUAUAUGUCUUGCAAUAUUUUUUCAAAUGCUGGGUCAAUUUUUAAGAAAUAACACUUAGUCUAAUUGCUUCGAUAUUAAUGUCGUAUGGUCAUUGCAACAGAAGGAACAUACUAGCACAUUUUGGAAUAAUUGUUUUCUUCUCCCAGUGUAUACCAGCGAAAACGAUGGGAGAAAAGGAUUAAUAGUGACUUAAAAAAAAAGAACACACAUUUUUAUUUGCUCAACUGUUUCGUUACUCAUUCCGUGAUUGUGUAUGUACUUUUUGCUAUUGAAACGCUUACAUUUUAUGUUCAAAUAAAACAUAAAUUUACUGAU